AUGCUGGGGUUCUUCUACGAAAUCUGCGACACCGAGCAGCCGGCCCGAGACGAGAACUACACUGACGAGGCAUCAGCCACGAGGGUCAGGAACGCCGUCCAAGACUGGCGCGAGCGCUUGAAUGCGAAGGACGCUGCUGGGGGCCUCGACAAGGCCAUGGGAGUGCCUGCAAAGCUGAAGAACCCAUGGGGUGUUCGCUUCAAGCCGCGCAGCUCCGCCUCUUCCAUGAGCAUGCGUCAGAUCCGGGGCGACUCAGUGGGACAGUUGGUGCAGCUGGACUGCCUGGUGGUCAGCGUGCAGCAGGUGAAGCCCAAGGUGCAGAUCGUCACUUACCAUUGUGAGACUUGCGGCUGUGAAGUCUUCCAGUCCGUCGAGGCAGACACCUACACGCCUCCGAAGGAGUGCCCUUCGACAAAGUGCAAGGAGAACAAGCAGUCCGGCAACUUGCACCGCAUGGUACGUUCCUGCGCCUUCACCCGCCACGAGGAGGUGAAAGUUCAAGAGCUUGCAGAGCACGUGCCGGCGGGCGGAAUCCCGAGGACAAUGACUGUGCAGGCGGAAGGCGAUCUUACCCGCAUGGUAAAGCCGGGCCAGUCCAUCACUCUGACGGGUGUCUUCUUUCCCCAAGAUCUCCCCUAUGCCAUGAGGAUGAGGCAGCAGAGCACGCAAAAGAUGUUCAUCGAAGCUCAUCAUUUCCAAAAGCACAAGAGUGGCUACAGCGAGACCGUCGCUGAUGAGGCGCGUGCAAGCUGA